AUGGCAGAGGGCAGCGACUCGCCCGUUCCCCUCCCGAGGGAUCCGGGUAAAGGCGAACAGCAGCCCCAGCAGCCCCAGCAGCCGCAGCAAGGCGAACCGCAGGCCUGCCCGCCUGGUGACAGGAACCGGCAAGGGCUCUCCCCCUCCGCCCACCCCCUCCCGCCCUGCCUUCAGGGAUGCCACCGUCGGGGUCGGCGCCGCUCGCCCGCGGCCCGCAGCUGGCGCUGGCCCUGCGCUACCCCGGUCCGGGGACACCCGCACCGGGGGCACCGGGAGCGGCCCUGCCCGCCCGCAGACCCGCGGCCCCACCGGUGCCUGCUGCGGCCUCAGCAGGGGCGGAGCGAGACGCCGGGGCUGGUGCGAUGUGCCCCGCGGCGGCCAAUGGGAGGCCAGCAGCCGCCGCUCCGCAGCCAAUCGCGUCCCCGGGCGCCGCCGCGCGGCUCGCCCCGCGGGCUGCGGAGGAACGCCGGCGGCGCGGCCCACGGCGGCCCGCCCGCCCAGCCGCACGCCCCUCCUCCCCCCGCCGCGCUUUACGGCCCCCGGCUGCCCCUCGCCGGGACCACCCGCCCCGCCGGGGCCGGGAGGAGGGGGGCGGGGCCGCCGCCACCAAUAGGCGCCGGGGAUCGCGCGGUGACGGAGGGGGCGGCGGCGCGGGCGCUGCCGUAA